GAUAAAACGAGGCAUCUAGUGCAAGUGCAAUUAAAACGCCAUUGUCUCGCAGUUGAUAAAAAGAAAAGGUUAUAUACGUUUCACGUCUCCAUAACAGAGAUGUGACCAACCACCCAAGCGGUGAAGAGGAUUAAAGUAAAAGUUACACAUUUUUCACCAGUGGCACCAGUCACAAUGAAAAUUGUGCUUGUUGGUGGUAUAACCUUGACUUUCAAGUUAAAGAAUAUUACCAUCAAAGAGGUGGUAACUAAGUUACAGUGUACAACACAGUAAAUACACGAGAGUUGAUCCGCGUCGCAGGAGAAGCUGACAGAGAUCUUUCUGUAGCUAUUCAUAGUCCGUUUGGUUUGAAAUUUCCCUGAAUAACUUGGCAUCGUCCGCAAACAUAUGUAUGGAGGAUUAUAUAGCUUCUGGCAAGUCAUGUAUGUAACAAACAAACACUAAGAGGGCCCAGUACACUGCUCUGUGGUACCCCACUUGUCACGGGUACGCAUGACGAUUUCAUGCCGUUAAUCACUACACACUGCUGGCUACUGGAGCUAUGGUGUGUUGUCUCGUCAGGACCACCAUGGAGUCAAGAAGGAGCCGGGAGGACCUGGUGGUGGUGGAGGGGUCACGGGGAAGCGCUGGGUGUCUGUGGCUACGCAGGACCACUCUGGAGAAGGUGCUGAUGGGGGUGUCUAUCGUGGCUGUUCUUGCCUGCAUAGCCCUCAUCGGGGUAGUCGCUGUCAGAGGAUCGGGAACAGCGAUGCCACCUGACACACAGACCGGCAUAAGGUGUGCGCCAGCUCAAGUCCAACUGGAUGUACCGCCGCAGGACACAGGAGACCAUGGACGUGUUCACUCGGGUAAAGAUUUACAAAACGCUAAGAAUCUGACGCCCACACUGAAAAUGUCAACGCAGCUGCCGAGAUACUACGCCCGCACGGAAGAGGGGGUCGAGUAUGACAUCUGCAACACACCAGAAUGUAUCCUGGCUGCCGCUGCCAUCAUCGAGGCCAUGGACAAAACCAUCGACCCUUGCCAGGACUUCUACCAGUUUGCCUGUGGCGCCUGGAUGGAAAAGCACCCAGUGCCAGAGGAGUCUUCAAGAUGGAGUCAAUUCGACAUUCUUGACCUGGAGCUGAGUAACGCCUUGAGCAGCAUCCUCACCGAGCCCAUGAACCCACAGGACCCCGGCCCUAUCAAUCAGUCAAAGAACUUUUAUGCUGCAUGUGUAGACGAAGAACUGCUGGAGACUAUUGGCGUGACUCCCUUGACGAACUUUUUGUCAGAGUUUGGUGGCUGGCCCAUGACUCUGAUAGACUGGGAUGAGAACUCAUUUGACUGGCAAUUCUCUGUUGCCGAGGCCAAGAGGCAGUUGGGUGCGGACUAUCUAGUAAACGUGUGGGUUUUCGCCGAUCAGAAAAACACUGACCAAACCGCGAUAUAUAUAGAUCAGACAUCCCUGGGCAUGUCUAGAUCAGUGCUCACGACGCCCCAUAACUACGAGGAGAGAAUCAACGCCUACAAGACCUACAUAUACACCACAGCGUCAAUCAUAGCCACUUCCCUAGGAGAAGAUCCUAGCAACAUAGAUGCAGAAGUACUUGGUGUCGUUGAUUUUGAAAUGGCCCUCGCCAACAUAACUACUCCCGCUGAAGACCGACGAGACAUAAAUCUUAUGUAUAAUCCUAUGACAGUGUCAGAGCUUAGUGAGUUGAACGUAGGGUCAGAUAUACACUGGGAACAGAUACUGUCAACCAUGUUCGCCUCGACGGGAAUCCCUAUUGAUGGCAGCACAAGGGUGGUUGUCCAGGAGCCGGAGUACCUGAAGAAGUUGACAGCUCUGGUGGCAACAACCAGUCCUCGUACUGUGUCUAACUAUAUAAUGUGGCGUCACGUUCAGGCACUAGGUGACGAGACCAACCUCGCCAUGCGAGACGUCUCCUUUAAUUAUGACAUGGUAGCCACGGGCGUAACGGCUCAAGAACCACGCUGGAAGGUCUGUGCCGAUAAAUCCAACAACUUUAUGGGCCUGGCUGCAGGCACUAAGUACGUGGAGACCUACUUCUCCCAGCAGGCCAAGGAUGAAGCUAAUGAGAUGGUGGAUGACAUCCGCUCGGCCUUCAAAGACUUAUUGGCUGUCAAUAAAUGGAUGGAUGAAGACACAAAGCCUAAAGCCGUGGAGAAAGCGGAUACAGUAAGUAAGUUUAUCGCGUAUCCUGAAUGGUACGGCAACACCACCGCCUUGGACACCUACUACAGAGGCCUCCAGGACAUUGCGGACGACAACCAUUUCGUCAACACACAGAAGCUGCUGUUGUGGAUGAGCACGGAGGAGCUAAGAGACCUCGGGCACCCCACCAAGAGGAACAAGUGGCUCUCACCGCCUACCAUCGUCAACGCCUACUAUCUACCAGAGUUUAACUCCAUCACCUUACCGGCGGGCAUCUUCCAGCCACCCUUCUACCGCGCCAACUCCCUCCAAGCCCUCAACUAUGGCGGCAUUGGACAGGUAAUAGGUCACGAGCUAACACAUGGGUUCGACGACGAGGGACGCCAGAACGACAAGGACGGUAACGCCAUCCCGUGGUGGAGCUACGACACACUGGCGGCCUUCCAGGUUCGGGCCCAGUGUAUCGUGGACCAGUACGACAACAUCCGCGUCCCAGAGCUCGACGACCUCCUCCCUAACACGACUCUCAACGGCGUCAACACACAGGGUGAGAACAUAGCCGACAACGGUGGACUGCGGGAGGCGCUCCUGGCCUACCAGAAGUACAUCGAGCGUAGCGGAGAAGAGCCUCGCCUCCCAGGCCUCACAAACUACACCCCCUUCCAGCUGUUCUUCCUCGCCAACGCCAAUAUCUGGUGCGGCGCCAUCACCACCGAAGGUCUCCUCAACCAAGUGCUCACCGACUCCCACUCCCCCGCCAGGUACCGCGUCCUAGUACCUAUGAGCAACAUGAAGGAGUUCUCCAGCAUCUGGGGCUGUCCCGCCGACUCUGGCAUGAACCCGCCCCACAAGUGUGUCGUCUGGUAGCGUGGGAUCCACCCACUCACACCACACACUGGCAGCCUCUCCUCUCUCUCCUUUUAUAACUCU